AUGGUUGGAACCUUUCCCACUUGGUUGUUACAAAAUAACACCAAAUUACAAGUUCUAAGUUUGAGGAACAACUCAUUCUCAGGAAUCCUUCAAGUGCCCAACUCUAAGUGCAUUUUACUUCAUGUAGAUAUUUCCAGCAACAAUUUCACAGGUCAGUUGCCCGAGAAUAUAGGUACAAUUUUGCCUAACUUGUCGUAUAUAGACAUGUCAAAGAAUUGUUUAGAAGGCAAUAUUCCUUCUUCAAUGGGUGAAAUGAAAAGACUCAGUAUUCUGGAUUUGUCUCGCAAUAAUUUUUCAGGAGAGUUACCUAAUCAUUUUGUUGAUGGUUGCUUCUCAUUAGAAUUACUAAGACUAUCGGAUAACAAAUUUCAUGGGCAGAUUUUUCCUAGACAGAUGAACCUAACUCAAUUGCAGUGGUUAUACUUGGAUAACAACUUUAGUGGGAAGAUUGGAGAUGGGCUCUUAAAUGCAACUUUUUUAUAUUUCUUAAAUAUCUCCAACAACAAGGUAUCUGGUCAAAUUCCUUCUUGGAUUGGUAAUUUUUCAUCUCUUGCUUAUCUUUUAAUGUCAAAGAAUCUUUUAGAAGGUACUAUUCCCAUUCAACUAAACAAUCUCAAAAGCCUUGAAAUGCUAGACAUCUUUGAAAAUAGGUUGUUUGGAUCCAUAGCAAUUGACUUUAAUCUUUUAUCAGUGAGCUAUCUUUACAUGCAAAAGAACGCUCUUAGUGGAUCAAUUCCAAGUUCAUUGUUCGAAAGCUUUGAAUUGAUUACACUUGAUUUGAGAGAGAACAAAUUUUCUGGAAAUAUCGAUCCACAUUGGUUUAAUGAUCAUUCAGCUCUUAAGUUUCUUCUUUUGUCAGGCAAUCACCUACAAGGCCAUAUUCCUAACCAAUUGUGUCGACUACAAAACCUAGGUCUCUUAGAUCUUUCACAUAACAGACUCAAUGGAUCAAUACCUUCAUGCUUUACUAAUUUGACACGUUGGAGAAAGGUAGAGACUGAAUGGAAAGAUUUCUUUCCAAGGUAUGGUUUCGAUGUUCCUAGUGAUGCACAAGGGUUUUACAACCAUGAUUCAUCCAUUACUAUGGAGGAAGAAUCUAGUGGAUUUGCAAGUGUAGAAGUAACCCUUGAAGUAGAAUUUACGAUGAAAAAUAGAUUUGAGUCUUACAAGGGUUAUCCUCUUGGAAAGGUUGUUGGAUUGGAUCUGUCAGACAAUGAAUUAACUGGUGAAAUCCCAUCAAAAAUUGGAGACCUCCAAGGAAUCAUUGCAUUGAAUUUGUCUUAUAAUUUGUUAUCAGGACCUAUUCCAAAGAGCUUUUCCAAUCUGAAAGAGAUAGAGAGCCUAGACCUUUCCCACAAUAAUUUAAGUGGCCAAAUUCCUACACAAUUAACUCAAUUAAAUUAUUUGGAGGUCUUCAACGUGGCACACAAUAACUUAUCUGGAUCCAUUCCUGAUCAAGCUCAGUUUGGGAGUUUUAAUGAAAGCGAUUAUGAAGGUAAUCCUUAUCUUUGUGGCCAAUUAAUUAAGAAAAGCUGCACUAAUGAGCCAAUACCACCACCUCUAGCAUCCAUUGAAAAAGAAGAUGAUAAUGAAUCUUCUAUUGACAUGGUUAUGGUUUUAUUUCAUUGA